UAGUGGAGUAGUAGCUUAGGGGGAAGUUAGUAAAGGUCCAUAGGUACAUACUUGCAUACAGUAACGGGAAUUAGGUCAGGUCAUCACCACUCAAGUCACAUGAUGAAACAUACAACAUGGUGGAUGGAAUAUCUAUAAAGAAAUGAACUUAUAAGAACUUUAUGUAUCAACUAUGAGUUUUACUAACUACCUGGACGUUUUAUGACCUUAUAAGGAGAUCUAACGUAAUAAGUAUACAACAGCAUAUAAAAUGGCAUUGAGGGAAGUGAAAGUGUGCCUCUUAGGGGAAAGUGGCGUAGGAAAAUCUAGCAUUGUCCAGCGAUUUGUCCACGACACAUUCAAGCCAGCAUUGGAAAGCACAAUAGGGGCCUCGUUCAUGAGUAAAACAUUAACUGUGGAUGAAAAAACUUACAAAUAUCAAAUUUGGGAUACUGCUGGUCAAGAAAAAUAUCGGGCCUUAGCACCUAUGUAUUAUAGAGGAGCUGCUGCUGCUGUGAUAGUAUACGAUGUCACCAAUGAGUCAAGUUUUGGUGUACUAAAAGAUUGGAUCAAGGAGCUUCAGAGACAUGGUCCACAAGAGAUUGUGAUAGCAAUUGCUGGCAAUAAAUGUGAUCUCGCUGACCUACGGGAAGUGCAAUAUAAAGAUGCUCUGGCGUAUGCUGAACAAACAAAUGCAAUAUUUGUAGAGACGAGUGCCAAAAAUGCUACAAAUGUCAGCGAGAUGUUUGAGGCUAUAUGUCGAAAAUUACCGGAUGAGGAUUUUCUACAAAGCUCAGUUAAUAAUGACAGGAUCAAUCUCAAAGGAACUGCAACAACGAAGAAAAAGAAAUGUUGCUGAAUUAUUUACUAAGGCACAUUCCGCAAUGAAUGCUUUUAACAACAUUUCAAAAACAAAUGGAAUCACAUCAAUUUAGAAAAGGGAAUUUUCCUGAAUGUUCAAUAUAUAUUUAGAAACAUUCUGCAAAAUGGAUGUUCGUGUUUUAAAAAAACAUUCCAUCAAACGUUAUGAUAUGUUGACUUCAUCAUCUUUUAGUUAAACAAUGUCAUGGAUAAAGAUGGUUUAUAUGAUACUUGAAAUACUCAAUUCCAUUGCAAAGACCGAUAAAUUGUAAACCAAACCAAAUGCAAACAGAUAGGAGUUGUACAGGGUGGACCAAAAACGCCACUUUUUUCAAGACACUAUAACUUUUUCAUUUUCCAACCGACAUACAUCAAAUUAGAUUCUGUUCAUCUCUCAUGGCACACCACAUGUUUAAAUGAAACGCUG